CUUUAUUUUUCUUCCGCAAAGGGAAAGUAACGAAUGGUCUGAAUAGCCUGAUUUGUGUAUAGGCCACGAUGGAACAACAGAAGAAAUUCAAAAGUGGUAAAAGUAGAAGGGAAACAGCGGUUCAAGGAACAAAUGACAGUUCUAUUGUUAGUAAGUGUUCCAUGGCAACGGCUGGUUACUUCAAUGAUCCAUUCUUGAAAGAGUUUGUUUCCAAGACAGCAAAGAGGUCUCCAUUAAUUAACAGGGGAUACUUCAUCAGAGCAACAGCCAUAGACUUUUUACUGAAGAAAUUUCUAUCAUCCGAUUCUAAAAAGAAACAGAUUUUAUCAAUAGGUGCAGGGUUUGAUUCAGCUUACUUCAGAUUAAAAUCUCAAGGACUUAUUGAUGAUGUUAUGUUCUGUGAGAUAGAUUUUUGUGAUGUAGUAAAGAGAAAACACACUGUGAUCAGUACAAACUCUACCCUGAAUAGUUUGAUAUCAGGAUAUUUCACACAGUCAGAGAAAGAAGAUCCCUUGAUUGAAAUAAACACAGACGGAUAUAAGUUGCUAGGUGUGGAUUUGACCCAGCAUAAUACAUUGGAAGCCUUAUUGAAAAUAUGUGGUAUAAAUUUUGAUUAUCCAACUUUGCUGCUAUCAGAAUGUGUGUUGACCUACAUGACAAAAAGAUGUUCCUCAAAUGUGAUCCAGUGGGCAUCUGAAACAUUUACCAACUCUACUUUUGUAUUAUAUGAACAGAUAAACCCAAAUGAUUCCUUUGGAUUAUUUAUGCAGAACCAUUUCAGAACUAUAGGUUCAGCUCUAAAAUGUAUCAAUGCAUUCCCCACCAUGGAUUCUCAGUUACAAAGAUUUAAACAGUUGGGUUGGGAGCAGUCAGAAGCUAUGGAUAUGAAUCAAUUUUAUUAUAACUUAGUUUCUGAAGAAGAACGAAAUAGAGUGGAAUGGUUAGAGCCUUUUGAUGAAUAUGAAGAAUGGCACCUGAAAUGUGCACAUUACAUGGUGUUGUGUGCUUAUAGCAAAACAAGUGAAUCUUUGUUGUCAGGUUUUACAAAAGAUGUCUCUGUCUCUUCUCAUGUCAUUCCAUCAUGUGUGACCAUAGAACCUGUUUCUAAUUUGACAAGUAUUUUGAGAAUUGGUCAUGCCAGUACAGUGGUCAAUGAUGUCAUAGUUACUGUAGCAGGUUUUGGGGAGGAGUAUGGUAAACAUCAAAGGUUGUCAUCAAUUGUGGUUACAGAUGCAAAAACAUUCAAAUCAAAGUUAUUAAAUCUAGAUGUAGAUCUUGAUCAAAUUGAAAUAGUAAGACUUCGACAUACAUUGUGUUCACUGAAGGAUGGCUCAACAAUUCUUAUUGGUGGAAGAAUGUCACCUACCUAUUCUUGUAAACAAGUUGUUCAGCUUCUGAUUAAUUGUCAUGAGUCAACAGGAAAAUUAACUGAAGGAUCUGAGACAUCUUUUCAAACAAAAGAUAACGGCACAAAUGGGACAGAAAAUAGUUUAAGUAAAGGUUCACAUACAUCUACAGAGUUGGCACAUGGAGAUAUAUUAAAUGGUGCAUCAAGAGAAACCGAAAUAGAGGACUCAAAUUAUGAAUUUUUAAAUAGAAAAGACAAGAAAGUAAAUCAGAAUAAAGAUGAAUCUAAUAAUCUGAACUGUGCACAAAAGGAAACAUUAAUUCUGAGUUCAGAUUCCAGACAUUCUGAUAAAAAUUGUGUUAAGAUUGAAAAAACAAACUUAACUACUUCACAUCUCAAUGCAAAAUCUAAUGAAACACACUCAAAAAAAGAUACUAUAGAUAGACAUAAUGUAUCAGAUACAAACAUAAAGGAAAAAACUAAAUGUUUAUCUGAUAGUUUAGACUUAGACAGUAAUAAAAUAAACUCAAACUGUGAUAAAAAAGACAUUGUUAUUUUGGAAAACAUGAGCUGUGAUAAUAAGGAGAUGAAGGAUAUUGAAUCUAUGUCAUUAACUUGUUCUGUGAUAAAACAAACAGGAUACAUUCCAGUUCCUAGAUGGCGCCACUCUGCAGUUGUCUGCCAGAAAGCUGGUAAAGAAAUGAUAUUUGUAUACGGAGGAAGGAAUGAGACACAUCUGGCCUUGAACUGUGGAUAUAUGUUUGAUCCAGAUAAUGGACAGUUGAAUCAGGUUUGUAACUCUGUAUCAGGACCAGGAUACAGACAAUCACAUACAGCCUCUAUCUGGAACAAUCAUGUUAUCAUUGCUGGGGGUCUUGACCUUCAGCUACGACCUGUAAACAGUAUAUGUAUGUUGGAUGUAGAAAACCUGGUGUGGAGCAGGUUUGAUGUUACUGGAGAGCUGUUACCAAGAUAUUCUCACACAGCUCAAGUCAUAGAUAAUCUGUUAGUCUUGAUUGGUGGAGUCAACUUGUGUCAUCAGUCACCAGGUGUUGCUGUCAUCAACCUUUUGACAGGUGCAUGUGCAGAAUAUGCACUUUCUGUACCAGAUCCUGACUUUUUGAUAUUGUUACACCAGCACCAGAUCUGUUACCUUGGCGACGGGAGAUUUGUUGUGAUUGGAGGAGGCGGUAACUGUUUCUCUUUUGGAACUCUUCUGAAUAGAUCUCCAUUUAUUCUGGAUAUCAACAAAUGCGUUCAGAAUUUCAACCAAACUGUAUGCAACAAGAAUGGAUUAACACCUUGAAGAAUAAGCAUAAAUCCUUGAUAUCUCAGAAAUUAAAAAUAAUAUUUGAUUUCAUGAUAAUGUUUUUGGGUUCAUGUGGGACUUAAAAACUAUUUAUUGUAUUACUAUUUCUGUUAUCAACUGUGAUAUGUGUAAAUGGUACAUUGAUGUCAAAGUUUUUUCCAGGGACUUAUUUGGUACUUAUAUGAGGGAAAGCAUGAUUGGCUUGAAUAUAUUUUUACUUGUGGGGGAAAUACUACAAAUAUAUUUUUAUAUCCAUUUUAGCCACCCAUUUGGUAAAAUUUCUAUUUUACAUUUAUAGUCCCAAACAAUAAUUAUAAUACUAGCAACCACCUUUCAGUUUUAUGUUAAAACCCCUUUAAUUAAUUUUCUUCUAGAAUUGCUACAACAGUUUCCAUUUAUUCACAUGCUGUUAUUUAAUAAUCUAAGGAAAAGAUUAUCAUUACAGGUACUGUGGAUUCAUUAUUAUUUGUUGAAUACCAAUUUUCACAGAUUAUAUGGAUGCAAGAAAUCAGAAAAUAUGUUCCAAAAAAUAACAAAAGUCAAUAGAAAAUCUUAUACCUAAAAAUGGAAGUUUUCUAAAUCCACAAACAUUGGUACCCAUGUAAAUAAAUGAAUCCACAGUAACUAGAUUUGUAUGAAGCAUGUAUAAAUCAAUUGAACCAAUAUUUGAACCUGUUGACCUGAAAGUUCCAUUACAUUAUGGUUUAUCACACUUUUAUUUGGCAAAGUCUACUUAAAAAGGAAGGAUUUUAUCCUUUAUAAUAUAACAAAAGUUAAAUAGAGAAUAUGUCUCGUUGGUGUUGACCAAGUACUGAUUAUUUUAUUUUUUUAUUAAAUUCCUUUCUUUUUUAUCCUGUGUUUGAAUCUGCUCAUUAGAGCUAUAUACAUAAUCUAACAUAUUAUAGGCAGAAAAAGCUCAACUUACCUUCUUUUAGAUACUAUUUAGAACCUUUGAAUAGUUUUAGACUUACUGAAGAAGGCUUAUUUGUCAUAAAUACAUGCCUAAUUUGGUUUUAAUCUUGUGCUGACUGAACCAAUACACAAAACCUUUACUGUGUGAUAUUUAAGUAUAUCAAAGUUGUGAAUAUUCUUUUAUUAUAUUGAAUCUUUUAUAAUUCCUUUAAUUCAGAAAAAUAACCUUGUCAUUUUAUAGUUUUUAUUUCAACCAUUUUUUUUAAAUUUUGUUAGGAGUUGUGUAAUCUUUUAAACCUGCAGCAGACAUGAGGUUAUUCUUUAUAAUGAUUGUGGAAAAAAAACAAUGGAUUGGUCUUUCUGAAAUGGAGAAGUUAAAAAGUGCCAUUUUUUUUAUCCUCUCUUAAUACUUUCAUUGGUUAAACUGAUAUUUUCUAGACAAUUUCUUUCUAAAAAUAGAUUGUUUUCUGUUUGGUGAAAUACCCUAAGAUAUUAUUUCCAAUACUAAUGUUCUCUUGGGCUCACAUAGAUUGAAUGAAAACAUGUCAUGAGGACAAACUGGCCAGCUCAUAAUGUUUGAGUUCAGUGAACUGGGAAAUGUGGUUAAAAUCCUACUAUGUCCUUAUGUUAAGAAAGUUCAUAUAACAAUAAAUGUAUGUAUUAUGUUUCAAGUAGAUGUGACCACAAAUUCAUGUUGAGCUACCGUUACCAUUGUUUACCAAAUGACUAUUGCUUCAUUGAAAGCUAUCUUAACUUAAACGUGAUUAUGGACUGACAUGAUGAACAGAGAAACAGACACAAACAGAUUCAAAUACUAUUACAGGCAGAGCAUUAAAAAGUGCUCAUGUGCAUUUGAUAGCCACUGAUGUGAAACAAGUGAUGUAUGUAAACCAGAAAUUGUACUCUUAAUAUAUAACUCUACACUUACAUAAGAUCAUGAUGAGGGUAAUCAUUAAGGAUUUAUUAGUCAAUAGUUUAUAGGAUUGCAGUUACAAUAUGUCUUAAAGAUUUCUUUGACUGACAACAGUAAUUCUGAUAACAACUUGAUUGACCAUAUAUAUAUAGCAUGUGGAUGUGGGUACCAAUUUUAUUUAUAUAUGUAUACCUCAUUUUACUUUAAAAUACACCAAAUUUUAAGUGAUGCAAUAAAAAAUUUACAAUAGCAUAAACAGCUGUCAUUCAUUCUAUAAUUAAAAGAACAAGCAUUGAGAUUUUUACAAUAAAUGAAAUGCACACCUAUGCCUCCACACAUCUUUAGCUAACCUGUCCCUAUGUGCCAAAUUAGCUUUUGCAAUCAAUUGGUGUCAGUCAUUGUUUGGAAUUUUUCAAAUGUCUUCUCCAUUGAAAACACAGGACCAAUUUUAAACAAACUUUACCUGAAUGAUCCUAAAAGUAUUUUAGUUACAUUUCUGUCAAUUUUGUUCCUCCUAAUCAACCAGUAUGACAACCAGAGGUAAACAAAGAACAUAGUGGUGAAAGCAUUAAUUGUCUUGUAUCUUGAAAACCGUAAUAGACGGUGAAAAUCAUACUGGUUAAAACGCUUAGUAAGUUCAGAAGACACCUAGUUUUAUUUUACGCCAAAACAAAAUCCCUUGUUGAAUAAAUGAUUGUUUGAUGCAAUGUGUCAUUAUGGUAAGAUAGUACAUGAUGAAAGUACUAUAAAAUUGUCAAAUUAAAAUUUCAGGAUAAUGCUGUCAACUACACAUGAUGGUAAUGAUUUUAUGAAACUUUGAUAAAUAGUUUCUAUCAAUUGAGGAAAGCUUCCUAUUUGAUUUUUAACCGGAUUUUUGUGACAAAAAUGUCAGUUAUUGAUUUGGGGAUGUAUGGUGGCUGGGCGGCCGGGCGGGCGGCAACCAAAUGUUGUCCUUGCAUUUACUCAUGAACCAUUCAACCAAAGCUAUGUUUGUACAGACAACAAAUUGACGGUCAAGUUUAAUAAUGACGAUUUUGACUUUUACCGUUCAGGAGUUAUGGUUCUUGAAAGAUUUAAAAAUGGCAUUUCCAGUCAUGUCCGUGGAUUUAAGUAUUAACUGUUCAACCAAAGCUUCCCAAAUUUUUAAAAUAUGUUGUUACUCAUGACAAAAUGGAGGUCAAGAUCAAUAAUGACGAUUUUGACUUUGACCGUUCAAGAGUUAUGGUUCUUGAAAGAUUGAAAAAUUGCUUUUCCAGUCGUGUCCGUGCAUUUACUCAUGAACCAUUCAACCUAAGCUUUUUAAAUUUUAAUAUGUUGAUACUGAUGACAAAAUGGAGGUCAAAUUUGAUAUUGACGAUUUUCACUUUCACCGUUCAUCAGUUAUGGUUCUUGUGAUAUUGGCAGGAUACAAAUAAAUUUUUCCUUUUGUUUUCAUGUCUUUAUUCUUAAAUUAUUUGUUACUAAGAAAUAUUUCAUAUGUUCAUUAAUUAAUGUGCAUAUUUUGUAUUUGUUUUGGAGAAGACGUUACUAAGUUGUAAAACUUGUGUCUGAUCCUUUUGUCAUUUUGAACAAUAAAAUAUGUUUAAACUACAAGUAAAUGUUAAUAAAUCCG